CUGUGAUUUAUUACCUGUGUCUUAUCGCUGAAAUAUCCUAGGGAUGACAGAGACGAUUCAGAGGAAUUCUUACUUUUUCUGUCCAACGCCACCGACACACCCACCCUCGCAUUCUCGUUCAUCUGGCAUGCAGCCAAGAAUGGGCACCAAGGUUGGCCAUGAUGUUCUGUCCGAUCGAUCGAAUGACGAAUGGGAAUCCUCGGUUCCUAGUCCGUCCUUUAAAAUGAACGCGCCCAAAAAGGUUCGGCGAAGCUCAGUAAAUGGAACCACACGGCUCGAGCGGAUUGUGGAUUGGCCUCAGUUCAGAUUCCGACGAAAGCCCACAAUCCCCAGUGGUACAAAGCUAUCCACACCGAAUAUACUGGCGCCUUCAUCCCGUCAGCCAGUGAAAGCUAUUCACAUGAACAGAUUGGAAACAGGCAAUGAGUCCUCAUCCGUACCGGUCGUUACGAAACAGUCCCAUGCUGCGUCCAUUCCAUCCUCGACUUCUUCUUUUGGUGCGGUGCAUGAUGACAAACCGAUGAAUGUGAUAACCCCAGUACGCAUUGCCACCAAUCCUCACGUUCGUCGAAGAUACAGUGCAGAGGAAGGCUUCUCAGAUCCAAAACGACCAGCAUUAAGACGUGAGCCUCCAGAUUAUACUUCCAACAACGAAGGAAUUUCCAGACCAUCACAUGCUUCACUUAAGAUGAUAUUCAAGAAAUCGCAGUAUAUUUGCAUAAAGGGAACUACUAACAAGGUUGCUGAAAACUCUUCGGGCCGAGAUGGCUCAUUUCUACAACCCAUAAAUUAUUCCCUUCAUUCUAGUGCCGCAGUGAGAAAUCCGGUGUCGAAACCGUCCCUCUCAACAACUUCCACUGAGCAAGUGAUAUCUCAACCAUCUAAUGAACCUAUCAGUCGGACCAAAUAUCGUGCGGGUCGGUACAGUGCAGAAGCAGUUCUGCGUUCUCACAAAUCCUAUCCGGCCCUCAUGACCCAAUCUCCGCGGGAGAAAAGGCGUUCAAGUUUCUUUCUUGAAAUAAAACGUUCGGCUCGGGACACCCUAAAUUCACUUCGAAAGGCUUUCCGUGGUUCAACGCACAGUUUACAGGAGGCUGUCGAGUUGGAUCACUCCGUCUCAAUCAACGUGAAAGAACGUGUUGAAGAUGGUCAGGGAUUCAGUGGACGUUCCAGUUUAUUCUGUGAUAAAUACUUUUCCCAACCGCUAAUGAACCAUGAUCAAGCAGUCCUCCGAAACGUAACCUUGAGCAGAGAAGAUAGUUCCCAACCCUUCGGUCUAUAUGUGGUUAAAUCUGAUCAAGUGAGAAAUCCGGUGUCGAAACCGUCCCUCUCAACAACUUCCACUGAGCAAGUGAUAUCUCAACCAUCUAAUGAACCUAUCAGUCGGACCAAAUAUCGUGCGGGUCGGUACAGUGCAGAAGCAGUUCUGCGUUCUCACAAAUCCUAUCCGGCCCUCAUGACCCAAUCUCCGCGGGAGAAAAGGCGUUCAAGUUUCUUUCUUGAAAUAAAACGUUCGGCUCGGGACACCCUAAAUUCACUUCGAAAGGCUUUCCGUGGUUCAACGCACAGUUUACAGGAGGCUGUCGAGUUGGAUCACUCCGUCUCAAUCAACGUGAAAGAACGUGUUGAAGAUGAUCAGGGAUUCAGUGGACGUUCCAGUUUAUUCUGUGAUAAAUACUUUUCCCAACCGCUAAUGAACCAUGAUCAAGCAAUCCUCCGAAACGUAACCUUGAGCAGAGAAGAUAGUUCCCAACCCUUCGGUCUAUAUGUGGUUAAAUCUGAUCAAGGUUUCCAGAUAACUCGUCUGUCCGAACAAGUUUGUACGUCCCCUCAGAAAGUGUUAUCUUGUGGCGAUGAGUUGGUUCGGGUGAAUGGAUUGGAUUGUAAAAGCUUAUCCACUGAAGCUAUCCGUCAGCUCUUCCAUCAAUGCCAAUCACUCUCACUUACCGUCAAGACUGUACGGAAGUGAUUGACACGUCUAGUAACAAACCUCAAGCCCUACUUCGAGCGAAAGAAAAGUGACAUUACUUUCAUUCACAUUUAUUU